AAUCGUCAGGCUAGAUUCUGCUGCAUUUUGAUCAUAGAUAGAGCAUGCCGGUGAAUUGUACGUAGAAGUGAAUGUGCAUUAAGUGGGGGGAAUGGUGAUAGCUAGAUAACGAUGGAGCGAUAACGGGAGGCCGCCGCGGCUAGCGUCGGUCGCGAAUUUUUUACACUUUUUGCUCGUCUGAGGCCAGACCUUCUAGCGGUGUUUGCGGUGUGAUAAAGUUGUAUCGAUGUUUACCGGCAGUCACAACGUGUUGACUCGGUGGAGUGUCCUCGUCGCUAUCUAUAACGUGUAAACUGUGCCUUCGUGGACUGGAAAAUUAAAAACUAAUUUAAAAGAUAAAAACAUGAGUGUAAAAUUGUUAAGUGAAGUGUGAAUAAUGAAGGACUCUGCUCCACGGUGCGAGGACGUAGCCGACAAGCUGGUGCGCCUGUUCGGAUGGAGGCAGACGUAUCCUGUGCAGAAGCUGCAGAGGAACAUCUUGCCUAAGCCUAAUGAGACGGGUCCUGAGACAUGGGUCGGCGUCCGGGCUCUCCGCGCGAGCUCCGGUGGCAUUUUAGACCCGGACGACCGCGUCCGGGACGUGGCGGACGACCGGGAGACGCUGACGGCGGAGUGCACCGGACAGACGCCGCAGCCGCGCGCAGCGCAAGCAGAUGGCGCUAGUGGAUCGUCGGCUGGCACCGCCUCUCCUGACAUGUUUAGGGGCGGCGGUGGCGUCGGCGGCAGUAUGCGGGUGCCGAACACAGACUCGUGCGUGGAGGUGGGCGAGGCGGACCUGGAGGACGGCGCCAACGGCCUCCAGGUCCGUCGCGGGAGUGAGCCCACGUUACACCAGGACACGUUACCUCCCCAGCGAUCGGCGACAGAACAAACCAAGCGCUGGUCAGCCGCCGUGGUCUGCCGCGACGACAGCAGCCGGAUCACGCAGAAAGUGCACCCGCUGCCGGACGGCCGGCCGCCGGACGCGGACAGGCACGCGCCGCCCGGACAGCACUUCCAGAGGCAAUCCAACCGGCUGUCCAUGCAGUUCUCUGGACCUGGGAGUGGCGUAUGGUUAGACGCAGCGGAGAGAGUGCAGACUUACGGUAGCAAAAGUCUUCCAAGAGACGCACGGAGAGAACCUUUAGGCCAAGAUACACCUCCCAAUGAUCAUCAGAACCAUAGGGUAGAAGACAUGCUUCGAUGGGUGACCGGUGUCAACAAUGUAGCGAGCGUGCAUCCUGUGCAAGAACGUCCACUAGAUCUCUUACCUGAAGUGGGCAGCAGCGAGCGCGCCAUAUCGGGCAUGGAAGUCCCGGUCAGUCCCAGCAAGCAUUCAUCAGGCGCCAUGCAGACGGUCACAGUCGCGCUUGUCAAGGGAGAGAAGGGGCUCGGAUUCACCAUCACCACGCGGGACAACCCCACCGGGGGACACUGUCCCAUCUACAUCAAGACUAUCCUGCCUAAGGGAGCCGCAGUAACAGACGGCAGAUUACGAGCUGGUGAUCGACUGGUCUCAGUGAACAAGGUCUCAGUAGCGGGAUUAACACAGCAGCAAGUGGUUUCAUUGCUGAGAACAACGCCCACCGACUCUACCGUUGAGAUUGUUGUUGAGAGAAGCGCGCCUCAUCGGACACAGAGGGUAGAACCCCAGCAGAGCCCACAGAAGUACAUAGAAAAAGCGAUCGGUUCUCCCAACACCGUGAACUCAAUAGAGGUGAAAUCGGAAAACGGGCGCGUGUCCAGCAUAGUGAAUGCCAUCAACCAGAACAACAGCUCCAUGCGGGGCCGGAUACCGAAGAGCUCGUCGAAGGACGAUCUGCUGAAGGAGAACGAUAACGCGAUACAGGACACUUUGAAUUCGUCGAGCAAUUCGGUGCUAGGUCCUCGGAACAGGCUAGUCUUGAGGCUGGAUGUCCCAGUGCAUGACUCCGAAAAGGCUGGUCUUGGCAUCAGCGUGAAGGGCAAGGUGACGGUGGGCCCCGACCCUCAGGAUCUCGGCAUCUUCAUCAAGUCAGUACUGCAUGGUGGUGCUGCGUCUAGAGAUGGGAGGUUACACACAAACGACCAGCUAUUAAGUGUAAAUGGGGUAUCCCUGGUGGGGCAGUCGAAUGCUGAAGCGAUGGAGACCCUUCGGCGGGCGUUAAUACACUCGCGGCCGCACGUUCGAGGCAGCAUAUCACUCUCAAUCGCUCGCCGAACUGACAGCAUGGACAGCCUGGCCAGGUGGAAGGACGACACCCCUCCCAAUGGCAAUGACACCACCAACUCCAACGAAAACAGCCAGUUCAACACCGUCAUCUACAACACCUCAGACAAAGACUGCAAAGCUAACGACACCUACAACAGUAAUCAGAAGGAAGGCUUCGACAGUCAUGAUGGCAGAGGCAGCAAGAAACAUGCUUCUAUAGUCACCAUAAAUAAUAAUAAUAGCUGGGUCUCCAACCAGUCUGAUGACAGCAAAGGGUAUCUAGAAAGAGACAAAGAAAUCCCACACGAUAAUAAAAGAGACAGCUUUGAAUGGAGCAGACUAGAUGGGUGGAACCCUGUGAUAGAUAGACUGACGGGACUUAGGAACGAAAGCUAUUAUAUGGCGACGGGUCAGGAUGCUCCGGUCACGAAUGGACACGGCCACCAUUAUAGGCCGAAUCUAGGACACGUGCACAUGUCUAGAUCGCCGCCUGCGCACCAUAAUGUCAUCAUAGAAGAAGACUAUGGGACGACGACAAGGGGCAGCACAGGCGGCAAUGGCGGCGAGUCCGGCAGCGAAUGCGGCGCGGGUUUCAGCCGAGACGCCGUGGGCCGCCGCUCCAUGUCGGAGAAGCGCCACGCUGCCAUGGACGCCAAGCAGACCGGCACCUACAAGAAGAUCAAGGAGAUCAAGGCCGUCAACUCAUUACAAGUAGGCCCGUCGCUGGGAAUGCGCAAGUCGUCCAGUUUAGAAUCGUUACAAACAGCUAUACAAGAGAACCAAAGGCAUCCACGCAAUGAACCAAUUUAUGCGCGAGCGCACCCACCGUUAAAACAUUGGCUAACAGAUGACAAUGGUCCCGAAGGAAUGGUCCGAGGCUCACCACAGCAGUCGUCACUAUCACAUAAAAAGCCAUCUUUACUCAAGUCACUCUCAACUAUGUUCAGGAUCGGCAAGCCCCAUAAAAAAACAGAGACAGAAGUGUACGGACGCUCCCAGCCGGGGCGGUCGUCGGAGAAAUCUUUAUCCCGGGAGGCGCUGGAGAGACACAACCGGAUAGACGAGCGGCUGGAUGAGAACAACCCGCCGCACCAGAGACCGGAGCCGCAGCACUCGCGGCAGAGCAGCAGCGAGCGCAAGUCGGAGCGCCGCGCCGCCGCGCCGCCCUACCGCGCGCCGCCCGCCCGCACCGCGCCCACGCAGCAGCAGCAGGCCUUGGACAGCGCGUGGGGACCAACAGGACACUAUGUAAACUACGAAGAAAUACAACAAAACCUCAACGCGCGAAGAGAGAAGCUCAGUGAAGUGCAGAUCGGACAGAUGAGGCGGCAGGUGCACGCGCAGAGAGCCAAAGCUGAGGAGGAGAGUCGUCGGGCAGGCGGCGGAGCUGGCUACCACUCUCAGCGAUCAUGUAGGGACGCUCCGAGGCCACAGUCCAACUACUACGAGUACGAGACCGCCCCCCCUAGGAGGCCCGGCAAGCUGUCUCACUACCACUGACGGUACUUGGAACUGGUAACUGUGUGUGUAAAAGUACCCGCAAUUUUAACUUGUGGGCAGUGAGCUACCGCCUAUUCAUCCUGGACAGUAAAGCUUGAAAAACUCCAAGCUGCUAGGGCUUGGAGCAGUGAUAGUCCACUGACGGUACUUGGAACUGGUAACCUGGUAACUGUGUUUGUGUAAAAGUACCCGCAAUUGUAACUGUGGGCUUGUGCUAUGAUCUACUAAACCGCCUACUCUCAUAAAGUAAAGCUCAAGUAGCUCUUGGGAAGUUGAUAAAAAUACCUUUGGCAGGAAUAUUUGGUACUGGUAACUGUGUUUUUGGUGUAAAAGUAUCCGUAAUAUGAUAACUUGUAGGUUUGUGCUAUAAUCCUGCAAUUUUUACUAGCUUAAUCAUUAACAGUGAAGCUCGGGCAGCUUCAAGCGAAAGCUAGACUUAAAAAGUAGAGAAAAGAAAGCAUCGACUUCCCUCUAGCUAGAGACGAGUACAGUUGACAGUUAAAACUAAAGGCAGCCGUUAGAAGUAAUUGCUAAACAUGACAUUUGAAGACAUUGUAAUUAGUUUUAGUCCAUAAGUCAUGGCCAGCCCAACUUCUACCUUAUUAAAGUAGUAUCUCUUCUUCAUCUUACAGUUUUAAUGUUGUUUUUUGAGUUAAAACAAAUGUCGAGAACUUUAUAAAAUUUAUGUUUUUUCCUAAUAAUUGAAAUCCUAAAUUCAUUCAGAACACAAAGCUUUCACAUGUUAUUAAAGUUGAAUGGCUGUAAAAAAGGAAUUGUUAUAUAGCAAUUAAGAAAAUUGUUACAUUAAAUAUUUAACCAGUAAAAUAGCAAUUAACAAUAAGCAUUUUCUCAUUAUCGUGCACGGCAAAGAUAGCGGUAAACGUUUAUGAAAUUAUUGUAUUUUUUCCCCACUCGUGUCGUCAAACUACAAAAUACCAACGAAGACGCUAUACAUUCAUAUUUCAUACAUUUUUUACGCCACCUUUGCCGGUGCCAAAUAAAACUACCUUUAAUAUUUUUUAUAUGAAUUCAUUAGAUGUAUUUUAAAAUCUCACUUGUUUACUUUGAAUAAGGUAAAAUACAAUAAAGCACAGGGUUGUCAAAACCUUAAAUAGUAGGAAAGACCAAGGUUCUCAAGUGAAAUCUAAAAAAAAAUCCUCUUGGAAAAUUCUCCAUUUUCCAGCGUACUUAGGUUUUCAAGUUCUCUGAAAAUGUUUGAUUUUAAAAUUAUUGUGCAAAGCUUAAGCCACUAUGUAUUGAAGAGAGAUACCAUUGAUCACCAGUGAUACGGUUGUUUUAUUUAAUUAGCUCUUAUAUACUGGCAAUACGAUACUAAUUUGUGAUGCUGAAGGAUUUAUAUUAUUAUAUUGUAAGUUAUUUUCUCAUUUUAUUUACUGGAAAUUAACUUGUAGUACGAAUUACGUCAAUGAUCAAUAAUAUUUUCACAAUAUUUAUUUAUUUUACUUCAUCUCGUAGACGACAGCAUAUCGAACAAAAUAGAAAUACUGGCAUUUUAUGUUUAUGUAAUAAAUUCUAUUUUGCAACAGUCGUUAUGCUGUCGACUGUACAUAAUCAUCCUAUAUACCGAAACACGACAUAGUUAAGUUUGUAAUUCAAUGAAGCUUUAAAGUAAUCAAUUUUAUGUUAUGUACGAGUAAAUUAAUUUUAAAUUAAAUCUGAUCUUUAACACUUGGGUAGUGUGACUGAAUAAUUUAUUAGGUUAAGAAUAAAUUAUGUGUUUCAUUAAUUGAUUUCGAGACUUAAUUACGGCUUCCAAAAUAUGUGGAAUUCUAAUUUGUUAUUUUGACUUUACGGUUUUUUGAAAGACUGCAGCGCAGAAGUAUGCAUUAUUAAAUAUUCUCAAUAUUAUUAUGUAAGUAGGUUACCACAGAAGUGUUUUUUAAGAACUUAUUAUAUCCAUGUUUUAGCAGUCAAGCACUUAAAACUCUACUUCACUUUGGUAUCAUCUCAUCACCAUUUGAUGAUGAUGAUGGUGAUGAUCCGUGGAAUUGAACUAGUUAUAAAAAUAACAUAAAUAACUUUCGACGUUGAGUGUACCUGAUGUCAAGAAAUUGUCUCAGUGAAUAUCAGUUUUGAACAAAACCUACUUUUUGAAUGUUCCAAUUAUUGAGAAAGUUUGUAUUUUUUUAUACAUUUAAUAGUAAAGUCAAUUCACUUUUAAAUUGUGAUAUUUUUAUCAGUAACGUUUGCAAUUAGUUUAACAUUACUUUUGUAAGUUACUAAGAUACAUUUGUGGCACUUAAGGAUAAUAUGACAGGGAACUUCUUUCUAUGUUGCAUCUUUAAGGUGAAGACUGACUAAAAAUAUAUGAAAACUUACUGUUUUUAAGAAAUCAUGAAAACUUUUUAUUUUGCUACUUAUAUUUUUGUAUUAAAUCUGCACUAAUCGGAGUAUGUAUUGAUUAUGUUGAUCCCAGGAUCAUGUUUCUCUAUUCGUAAAAAUGUGUAACACUUUGAAAAUGUUCUUUGUAUUUUAUUCUCAUGGCUAUAAAUCCUAUAGGUAUGAUAAAGGUAUUCUCACAUUGUCGCGUGUUGUGUGAGGGGCGUACUACCUAAAUGAUAUUCGUAUAAUAGGCCCAGUGCGUUUGCCGGGGCUUUCCGCUGUCUUGUAAAGUAAAGUAAUGUUAAAAGUAAAGUAAUGUUUAUUUCUCACCAACAUAACAGAUAAUAUUAUGAUAACAAACAAUCAGGAAAAACAAAGUAAGAAUGUUGGUGGGUUGAUACCUGAACUAGGAAGAUUCCUGUGUCUCAGGUUACCAACCCUCCACCCCAUACAAUGGUCUAUGUUAUAAAUAAAAAGAUUAUAUUAUUAACAUUUAAGAACAUAACAAUUAUAAUAGUAUGAGAAUUUUUUAAGGUAGAAAAAAAAAACAAAAUUUCGACACAAUGACAUUAUUAAAAGUAUUAAAAAUAUUAUGCGGGUAGUAUGCAAAAACUUACACAUGUAUGGCAGCAGCUACUUCGCCCGAGUAAAAAUUGAACUUCAAGUAAACAGUUAAAAACAUAGAGACGCCCCGCCUGAAAUCUCUGGCUCGGAUCUUGAGCGCUAAAGGAAAUAUGCAGUGUUUUGAUGGCUGUUUCCAUUAACAAAAAUAUACUUUUACUGACUAGUACAACAACUAACGUCACAUAGCAUAUUAAAUGAACAAAACAUUCAUUUUACAAGUAUGCGCUCAAGAUGCGUACCGCGGACUAUACGUCACGCUACAAUGUUGUUUAUACCUUAACACGAUGGGGGUAAAAUCUAAAUUACAAUUUAGUGCCUUAGACAGUUUUCAUAUAUUUCUAAUCGAGCUAUUUAAAUGUUAUAUGGACCUCAAGUUUAAAUAGUGUAGUAAUCAUAGCCAAUGGCUAUAUUAGAAUACUUAGCGAGGAACUAUGAUGAUGCUAAAUAGUACUUAAGUGAAUUUUCUUUAAUUUAUGUACAGAAAUUUUCAUGUAAUUGUAAAUAUUAGUGUUUGUCAAAGAGAUUAAUGUAUGUAAUAUGCAAUUUAGUUACAUCUCACCACGAUGAGUUAAUGAGAAUUAUGUUAAUUAUGUUACGGUUAGAACAAAGCGUUAGAUUAGUCACAAUAAACGAAAACGACGUGCCCAUAAUUUUGUACAUAAAUGUAUACACAUGUCUAUAACGUGUUGUAAACGAUAUCAAUUUGUAUAUUUUAAUUAUGUAGAGACUUUCAGUGCGGAGAUUGGCCAUCGUACCUAAAUAAAACAAGUAUUAUGAA